AUGUACGAACUCACACCCAAGAACGACCGUACCCCUGCCCUUACUGCAGCAAGGCCUUCUCGCGGUCUGAUAAUCUUGCACAGUAAGCAUUACCUUUGGAUAUCGCCUUUAUCUUCUCUAUUACUGACCAGUGCUCUCAGACAUCGACGCAUCCAUGAGGCUCAACACGAUGGCCAGCCGCCGUUUACCCACGAGGAUGAUCUGGAGAACGAUGCCCAUGACUUCGGCUCCCCAGAAGACGAUAUGUCGCCGCCGGCGCAUGCGCAGGAUAUGAUCCAUGUGCCACAUAUGGCACCGAUCCCCGGCUCUAUGAGCGUGCCAUCGGCCAUGCAGACCGUCGUUGCCCCACACAUGAUAGCGCCUCAACUGCUCCAGCAGCAGCUGUGA